CGUUGUGAGAACAGUCGGACGUUGGAUUUUGAAUUUGUCAUUUAGUGAUAAUGUCGCUAAACGGGUUAUUUAGUAAUAAUUACGGGUUGCGAACUGGUAACGGGUCACAGAAUGGAAACGGGUCACAAAAUGGAAAUGGAAUUCAAAAUGGAAACGGGGUGCACUCCACGAAUGGGGUAAACGGCUUCGAACCAAAUAUCAUAAAUCCCAGAGACACAAGAAUGGCGACUCUAGACCAGCUUUUCCAGACGGUUCAGCCCAAGACUGACAAUACUGGCAACAAGGUGACAGUAGUCGGCACUGGACAAGUCGGCAUGGCUGCUGUCUUUUCACUUCUCACUCAGGGUGUGACCAACAACAUCUGUCUGAUUGACAUGAUGGAAGACAAACUGAAGGGCGAGAUGAUGGAUCUGCAGCAUGGAUCGGCCUUCAUGAAGAAUGCCAAGAUACAGGCGAGCACGGACUAUGCGAUCUCGGCUGGUUCCAAGAUCUGUGUGGUGACAGCCGGCGUGAGGCAGAGGGAAGGAGAGAGCAGACUCGACCUGGUGCAGAGAAACACGGACGUACUCAAGCAGGUUAUACCUAAGCUGGUGAAAUACAGUCCGGACACGAUACUGCUAAUCGCCAGCAACCCUGUGGACAUCCUGACAUACGUGACAUGGAAGAUCAGUGGUCUGCCCAAGCACCGCGUUAUCGGUUCUGGUACCAACCUGGACUCGGCGAGGUUUAGGUACCUCUUGAGCGAGCGACUGGCAGUCGCCUCGACAUCCUGCCACGGGUACAUCAUUGGCGAGCACGGAGAUAGUAGUGUCCCCGUCUGGUCUGGCGUGAACGUAGCCGGGGUGCGCCUGAGUGAUAUCAACCCGAAAAUCGGUUCUGACACCGACCCUGAGAAGUGGAAGUCUCUUCACCAGGAGGUGGUGAACAGCGCGUACGAGGUUAUCAAGCUGAAGGGCUACACGUCGUGGGCUAUUGGACUAUCCUUAGCUCAGCUGUGCCACGCAAUCAUCAGCAAUGCCUUCAGUGUGCAUCCGGUCUCUACUUAUUUGAAGGGCGAGCAAGGCGUCACCGACGAGGUGUUCCUGUCGCUGCCCUGCGUGUUGGGUCACAACGGCGUCUGCGAUAUUAUCAGACAACCGCUCACCGAACACGAGAAGCAGCAGCUGCAUAAGUCCGCCAAGAUCAUGGCUAGCGUCCAAAACGGCAUUAAGUUUUAACUUUUCUACUCAGGAAACAAUUUACAACAGCAAGAGGCAUUUGCAUCAAAUGAAUUGCCUUAUAUCUGCUGUCUG